GUGACAUAUGCAUCCUCUUGACGUUUCGUAGAAAUCAACGGAAUAUUUUUGUCAACAAAAGUGCAGUUUUAGUGAGUAAAAUACUGGUUUUCCUCGAUGGCAAACCCUUCGCCACUGAAUCCACUUCGUCAUAUUAUAGAAAGACAGUACAAGGAUAAUGUGUUUAUUAAAAAUAAAAUAUUCAAGGAACGGUUAGCCAAGGCAAGAAAUUUGUACAGAAAAGAUCUUUUGGCCCAUUAUGGGUGUGUUAACGCCAUCGAGUUUUCAGUGGAAGGAGACCUUUUGGUUUCAGGAGGCGAUGAUCGACGAGUCCUACUGUGGUCAGUUCCCGAGGCGAUGUAUGGCAAGGGAUCACCCGUGGUCAUGGAAACGAAUCACAUCAGCAAUAUAUUCUGUCUCGCUUUUGACUCAGGAAACACAAAAAUUUUUUCGGGUGGUAACGACGACCAAGUCAUAAUUCAUGAUGCUAUAACGGGCCAUUUAGUGGGAAAAUUGGCGCAUCGAAAACCUGUAUAUGGGCUAAGUAUAAAUCCACAAAACGACUAUGUCAUGGCCACGGCUGGGGAUGAUGGCAGAAUUCUUUUGUUUGACGUCCGAGAAUCCCCGAAUUCAGAUCCACUGUGUUUGGCGAAACAAAAGACUGGUUUUCAUUCUGUGAUGUUCAAUCCAACUAAUCCAAGAUGGUUGGCAACAGCGAAUUCAGAAGAGGGAAUUGCGUUGUGGGAUUGCCGUAAACCUAAAGAAUUAUUAAUACAUUACGAUGCAAAUGCCGGUUCCAUUAGUGGAAUAAGUGCAUGUUUUAAUUCUUCUGGGAGCAGAGUCUUAGCGCUGAGGCGAAGGUUACCUCCUGUGUUAUACGCGACACAAAAAGAGAGUGCCAUUUGUCAGUUCUACCACCCUCAAUAUUAUAAUUCUUGCACAAUGAAAACUUGUUGUUUUGCUGGAGACGGAGAUGAGUAUGUUUUGAGUGGAUCGGACGAUUUUAAUCUAUACAUGUGGCGAAUGCCGUAUGAUGACAAUGUUGAAUGGGGAAAAUCUCAUUUGGUUUUACGGGGACAUAGAUCUAUAGUGAACCAAGUUCGCUACAAUAAGGAAAAUAAUCUAAUUGCGUCUUCAGGUGUUGAGAAAAUGGUCAAGUUGUGGAGUUCAUUGCCUGUGGGAACUUGGAAGGGGUCUUUACAGAAAGAGCAUGCAGAUGUUUUUCGUUCAGUUUAUACGCACGAAGACUAUAUUUAUUUGGUUGGACACAGUGGGGAGAGGAUUUCGCAUGAUUAUAGUGAUCAUUCGACACAGGAAGAUUCGAAAAUGCUAGCAUUUUUUGAUUCGUUAAUUCAAAGAGAAAUAGAAGGAUGGGAGUCACCUUCAGAAAAUUCGGACUGUUCAGACAGCGAUACGGAUGGUCGUGAAAGGAAUGUCGCAAGUAUUUUAAAUGAAAUGUUUUGCAAUGGCAAGAUACCGCAGGAAGAAAAUAAGAAGCACAAAACAAACAGAAUUGCUCAAUUGAUAGCGAAGAAACGAAGUCGUCUUGCAAGAAUGGCUCAUGACAAAGCAACUAGCCAAGUUUUACGCUACCAUAUGAAGGAGAAGAACAGGAAAAAAAAAGCUACACAAAAAUCAAAAACCUCUUCCAAGUUUAAGAAAAACAACGGCACUAAUAAAAAAUCGACGUUGUUAAACAAACAUUCAACCAUAGAAAGAGACAACCACAAACAUAAAUUUGUGCCGGAACGUAGUAAAUUACGAAAGUACAGAACACGACAGAGUUUGCGAGAAAUGUGUGAUAGCAGCAGUCCGUCAAAUAAUUCUUUAGACGCUCCAAGUACAAGCACAGGUAUCACGAGUUCCAAUAAUGCGGUGUUUAGAGUAAUCGAGCAAGACUCCGACGAAGAUGUGCCUCCAAAUAAUUGUACAGAGAACGGAGGAUCAGAAGAGAACAAUUUCGUCAACAUAUUGCCUACUCCGUUAAACGGAACUCACGAUAUGUAUAUAAACGUCUUAGAAAUGACUAACAAUAAUUCGAAUGCUAAUGUGGUUACGGUCAGAAAUGACGAUUACGGACAAGCUUCGACAUCAAAUCGAUCAAAUAAUUCGAUUUUGGCCCACGAAUGCGUAAGCAACGGAUGCAUGGCCCUGUUCGAAGAAAAUUGCGCUUCAACGUCCAAUAAUAUGAGUUGUUCUGGUGUGAGACGUGCUUCUUGUAGUGCCGAAAAUUUCGUGCGUACUGACUCUUAUAACGCGUACUGUAAUGAGAGCGAGAGUGACACUGAUUACGAGUACGAUUAUCGUACUCCCGUGAAGAAGAGGCGUACAGUUAGUGCUUCUGACAGUGGUUGCGGUACGGGACCUUGUUCUAGUACCAGUCCUUAUCCAAUUAGGAAUACAAGAAAUCACCAAGAGUGUUCUAGUAAUGAUUUCUACAAUAACGAACGCGACUCCGAGGAUGAAUUUAAUUACGAAAAAUUUAAAAAACGCGUUAGUAAAGCUAGAGUGAAUAUAAGAAAACACAUUGGCGUAGAUUCGGAUUCAAAUUAAUUUUUAUGUGCUUUUUUUUGUCCGUGCAUUUUUAUUUUUUCCACUACGUUGUAGGGCAUGGUUCUUUCCUCAUUCUCACACUAGACACUUGUUAAAUGUCAGCAGUUCAAUAAAGGAAACUGUGAUACUUUCUGUGAUAACAUUUUCAUGAACUAACUUGUUGCUCGGAUUAUAACGCAAUAUCAUAAAAUUUUCGUUACAGGCUCUACUUUGUAGAAAGAUAAUUUUAAGGUGGAGUGGUUCUAUAACAAAAGGACGCAACUGAUGAAGUCCUUAUCCAUUUAUUACAAUGAGUACUGAAAGUGGACAUAACGGAUGAUUCGUUCUCGUUUGAAACAGUUUGAGGAAAGAAUUAUGGCGUAAAAAUUAUUCUGGAUUCUUGUAAUAUCAAGAAGACAUAUUUUAUUUAUCUCCGAUAUUCGUUUUUAUGGUUCUAUAUUAUAAAUAAAAUUGUAGUAAUAGUCCAGUUUUAUUGAUACGUUUACGUGAUUUUAUAAAUAUUAUUUUGAUGGUUUACUUUAAAAAAAAAAUGAU